GUAAUAGCGUAUAAAUAGGAGUGAAAACACCAGUUAGACUAGCUAUUUUUGAGACAGCUACCUGUAUACUUGGACAAGACGUUAUAUACUUUGGAUUGCUAUCAAUCUACAAUGGCAUCUGUUAUGAUAUCAGCAUCCGGCACAGACAGAAUCAAUGACGCAUUAGCAACUCUUAAAAGGGAAAUGAUGGACUUGCGACAACAGGAUGUGCACCUGAUGAAGCAGCUAAUUGGUAUAAAUGACACGAUACAGAAACUAUCUAAACAAAGACCUGGGUCAUAUGGUCCACUUAGGAAGAAAUUCGCAAUAGUAAACGGUCGACGAACAUUUGUUAACAACAACGAAUCAAUUCCUGAAGAGCCGCCUCUUGUUCGCCAACAAAGUGUACCAAACUACUGUAAUAUGAACAGGAGCCAAAGUGGAUCUCUCUCCAGCAUUGAAGACACAUCCAGUUCUAUGGAAGAUCUCAGCACUGCUGAUUCAGAUAGUGAUGACAGCUUAUUUGGGUCUGAGCAAAACCUCAGCGAAUCGUUCUCGUCAACCACCUCCCGAUCACGGUCAGUAGCGAACACCUCUGCUCACGUUACUAAGGAGUCUGACCUGGAGUACUGUUCAUACGAGCAAAUCCUUAGAAGGAAUAUCAAGCUGUGGAAGUUCUCUCGGACUCAGCAUUAAUAUACUAGUCUAUUUAUUAUUCUUAUUUCGCAAACAAUCAAACGGUCAUUCAGCAUGUUUUGUGCUUCUAUAUGUGUUCAGACGUCUCAAAAUGGACAAGCAGUAAAAUUUGCUAUGUGAAGAAGUAGGAGUAUCCAAUCUCCAGUGAUGAAUUUUCGAUAUUUGUCAACUUUUUGACAAGUUGCAUUGUACAAAGGCUUGAGAAUGGGAAAGAGACAUUUCACAUCGGGUGCUAUAUCUACUGAACAAAAGACAAUGACGCCAGAGUUUGGAAACCUUAAACCUGUUUUACAUAAGGUGAAAAGAACCUGUAGGAAUUGAAUAAUGACCAAAUACAUUUGUCUUUCAUGAACUUAUUGAAUAUUUGCUCAGUCUGCCUAAACUGUUAUUGUGUUCUUCUAUAAAUUGCUAUAUGCUGCGCUUGAAAAAGUAUGAUAGAGAGUGUAAAUGUAAAUGAAAUUGAAUAUCUGUGUGUAUGUGUUUCUUUGUUAGGUGUGAUUCUAACGACAAGACAUGGUCAGUUCAUGUCUUUGAUAAAUGUUCCACAGGCUUUACUGUAUUAGUUUUUUACAAAUCUAAAUUAUGUAGACUUUCGACCAAUUAGUGGUCGAUAAACUAGGUACGAAUGUGUAAGUAAGCGUAUGAACUACCUGACUAUUAUUAUACAUAAAAUGUUCAACAUGUGCAUAUAUUCUUAAACUGAAAAUAAAAACGAAACUAAAAAAAAACUGUUGUUGUCUUCG